AGCCUCUUCCCCAAAACUGCGCUUCGGGUAUUUGUCGGCAACCGUACCUUUCCCUCCCCCCCGUGGCCUGGCCCGCUCUUUUGUGUUUUUUGUGGAGCGAGAUUACUGGGGGGAGCAUCAAAUACGGACAGCCUUCUGAAUUUUCGACUCACCAACACCAAACAUUUCGACGGAAGCCUACUAAAGCAUCCAUAAAAUCCACAACCUCCGCCGAAACAAACUCCGUCGCGUUACAAGCAUCGACUCUGGGCAUCCGCUAGACUUUUGGGCCAAAUUUCAACGCCUCGUUUUAUCUCGAAACCCCUCGCGCACCCCCUGAUAACAUCAACAAUGGCUGGCGGAAAGGGCAAGUCAUCCGGUGGCAAGAGCUCGGGCGGCAAGACGUCGGCGGCAGACCUUCCCAAGAAGCAACAGAGCCAUUCUGCUCGCGCCGGACUUCAGUUCCCCUGCGGUCGUGUCAAGCGUUUCCUCAAGCAGAACACCCAGAACAAGAUGCGCGUCGGCGCCAAAGCAGCAGUCUACGUCACAGCCGUUCUGGAGUACCUCACCGCCGAGGUCCUCGAGUUGGCAGGGAACGCGGCCAAGGAUCUCAAGGUCAAGCGCAUCACGCCUCGACAUUUGCAACUGGCCAUCCGUGGUGACGAGGAGCUUGACACGUUGAUCCGUGCCACCAUUGCCUUCGGAGGUGUCCUCCCGCAUAUCAACCGUGCACUGCUACUCAAGGUUGAGCAGAAGAAGAAAGCCAAGGCGCAAGAGUCGUGAUCACUUUCUGUCCGCGACGUCAACAAACACUUUUUUCCCUCUCGAUUUUUCUUUUGGUACGAGUCUCGACGCGUUGGUAAUCGACGGUAUGGGAUAUGUGGGGCCGGGUCUGUUUCUUUGCGCGAUUCGAUGCAAUGCGGUCUGUCUUUGUCGGAAG